CUGGCGGCAGACAGCACCAGCUAACUCCGGCGGCAUGGCUCGGGGCAGCGGCGGCGCCAGCCCAUGCGAUCUGGACAGGGAGUUCGCCCCCCAGAUCGCGCAGCUCCUAGCUACCCCGCCUCUCCAGCCCGCCCAGGAAUACUAUGAUGAGCUCAUACGGUCUAAGAAGCAUGACGGUGUAAGAGUGAACUACAACGGCAAGCACGGGAAAGGUGUUUUUGCAAACAAGGAUUUUGCUGAAGAUGACCUUAUUCUCAAGGAUCAAAUGCUGGUUGGCGCGCAACACAGUCUUAACAAGAUUGACUGUGUUGUGUGUAGUUACUGCUUCCGCUUCAUUGGUUCUGUAGAGUUCCAGAUUGGACACAGACUGUACUUGCAAAACGCUGGUUCAAGCAUUGGCUGCCAUAGUGAGAGACACUGCCAUGGAAGUGAAUCGGGAUCGAGCACUGGCUCUCCUGGUGUAACAAAGGGAAAUAGUGAAGAUUUGCCGCUAGAAGUCAUAGAAUCACUCAUAACUGGUGAAACGGCACUGCCUUUCUCAGAUCAUUUUGCUUUACCAGAAAUUGUUUCUUGCCAUGGAUGUGAGGAAGAACGCUACUGCAGCCAAUCAUGUGCUGAUUCUGAUUGGGAAUCCUACCAUUCUUUGCUCUGUGCUGGCUCCAACACUGAACCAUCCCGAAGAUCUGCUCUUCACAAAUUCAUAGAGCAUGCUAAUGGAACCAAUGAUAUUUUCUUGGUUGCUGCCAAGGCUAUCACUUUCACCCUGUUGAGGUACAAGAAACUCAAAAAGCAGCAUGACUUUCAAAACAAAUUAGCUGGAUCAAACUUUUCUUUGCUUAUGGAAGCCUGGAAACCACUUUCCAUGGGCUUCAAAAAGAGAUGGUGGGAUUAUAUUGCUUUGCCUCAGGAUGUUGAUGCUUCUGGUGAAGAUUCAUUUAGGCGGGAAAUAAGGGAUCUAGCAUUUACGUCACUGCAACUUCUGAAGGAUGCGAUCUUUGACGCUGAGUGUGCGCCAUUGUUUUCCCUUGAGGUGUAUGGCCAUAUAAUUGGCAUGUUUGAGCUGAACAAUCUUGAUUUGGUCGUUGCAUCGCCAGUUGAAGACUAUUUCAUACAUAUUUAUGAUCUUCCAGAUGAUAAGAAGGAGGAAGCUGAGAAGGUGACGAUGCCAUUUCUAGAUGCUCUAGGUGAUGACUAUGCGGUUCCUUGUGAUGGGACGGCGUUCUUUCCCCUGCAAAGCUGCAUGAAUCAUUCAUGCUGUCCAAAUGCUAAAGCAUUUAAGAGAGAUGAGGAUAAUGAUGGUCACGCAGUGAUACUUGCUCUGGGGCCUAUCAGCAAGGGAGACGAGAUUACCAUUUCCUACAUUGAUGAAGAUCUUCCAUACGAGGAGCGGCAGGCCGAGCUCGCAGAUUAUGGAUUCACAUGCACAUGCUCCAAGUGCCAGGAAGAAAAGCCCAACUGAACGAGACAGACUUGACUUGCUAGAGAUUUUGGUCGUUAUCAUAGUGCAUCCUGCUUGUAGUUUAUGCCACUCGGUACUUUGACAACUCCAGAAUGUAAGGGUAGGAUUUGAAGAAAGAACAAGAUGAUGGUAUUCUGAUAUGAGGUAGUGCUGGGUUCUGUUUUGUCCAUGUUAAAACUUCACUGAAUUAUCAAGAUGUCUUAUCUAUCUGUAGUUUGUGUCACUGGAGAUCUUGAAUACUACAGAAUGAGAUGCUUGACCUAUAAGUAAUAUUUUAUUUUGCUUUGUUUAUGCUGAGAAA